GAAAAAUGAGCUUUUUCUGAAGUGAAUGUCUCUGAUGAAUGUUUUGGCUUAGGCUACAUGGAACCAACAUUUCAAACGUUUGUUUGAGAGGGAAGAGUUAUACUCCAGCUACCCCUGCAUUUCAGAAAGGUGUGGGCUGACCUGGGAAAGGAGAAGCCAGAAAGGCAGCUGUGUUGAAGACAAUGACUCAUAUGUUUUUGCUGUGCUGCUUAGUGUUUCUUUUGCCCACAGAGUCCUGUAGGACAUUAUGCCAGGCUGCCAGACAAAGCAAAAAGGAGGUGUCUGCCGGAACACAUGGUGCAUGCAAUGGUGUCUGUGUGGACAAUUCCAACUGCACUCAACCUUGCCCCCCUGACACUCCAGGAAAUGUGGGGUUUGUAUGCAGGCAAAAGAAAUGGUACAAGAUCACUGAUACCUGCCGGACUCUUACAGCCUUUAACAUUUUUGAGGAGGAUUCAAUUGUACUUGAAGCAUUUCCAACAAGUACGAAAAUAUAUGGAAAUGCCAAAUCUGAGGAGGCUAUUGCAGAUAUGUUGUUGCAGAGGUGUCCGACGGAUUUGUCCUGUGUCAUCACCAAUAUUCAGCGUUCUCCGCGGAUACCGGGCAACAUCGCUGUUAUUGUGCAGCUCCUACGCAACAUAUCAACAGCAGAGCAGCUGACAAAUGUGGAUGAAACAAAGAUGAAGAGUUACAGCAUCAUGGCCAACCACAUUCUUGACAGCAAAAGCAUCUCAAACUGGACCUUCAUCCCUGAAAAAAACAGCAGCUGUGUGUUACUACACUCAGUCAAUACCUUUGCAAGAAGGCUACUUAUAAAUAAACAUCCCAUUGACAUAGCAGAUGCCUUCAUUCAUACUAUGGGAACCAUCAUAUCUGGAGAUAACAAUGGAAGGAAUUUAACUUUCUCAAUGAGAGUUAAUGACACUCGCAACAACGUCACUGGGAGGGUGUUGAUCAGCAGAGACGAAGUUCAGAAGGUGCGUUCCCCUUCUCAGUUAGUCAGCAUUGCAUUCCCAACUCUUGGAGCCAUCUUAGAAGCCAGUCUUUUGGAAAAGAACACUGUGAAUGGGCUUGUCCUGUCUGUCAUUUUGCCCAAAGAACUUAAAAGAAUCUCACUGGUUUUUGAAAAGAUCAGGAAUUCCGAGGGGCGGCAGACACAGUGUGUUGGCUGGCACUCCUUUGAGAGCCGAUGGGAGCAGCACGCCUGUCAGAUGAUUCAAGAAAACUCCCAGCAAGCUGUUUGCAAAUGUAGACCAAGCAAGUUGUUUACCUCAUUCUCCAUUCUUAUGUCACCACACACCUUGGAGAACCCCAUCCUGAUUUACAUCACAUACAUAGGACUGGGCAUUUCUAUCUGCAGCUUGAUCCUUUGCUUGUCCAUUGAGGCCUUGGUCUGGAGCCGAGUGACGAAGACAGAGAUCUCCUAUUUACGCCACCUGUGUAUUGCCAAUAUUGCGGCCACCUUGCUGAUGGCCGAUGUGUGGUUCAUUGUGGCUUCCUUUCUUAGCGGUCCAAAAGCACACCACGAUGGAUGUGUGGCAGCAACAUUUUUUGUCCACUUCUUUUACCUUUCUGUGUUUUUCUGGAUGCUUGCUAAGGCACUUCUUAUCCUCUAUGGAAUCCUGAUUGUUUUCCAUACACUGCCCAAGUCAGUGCUAGUGGCAUCUCUCUUUUCAGUGGGAUAUGGAUGUCCUUUGGUCAUUGCUGUUAUCACAGUUGCUGCCACUGAGCCUGGCAAAGGCUACCUGCGGCCUGAAGCCUGCUGGCUCAACUGGGACAGGACCAAGGCCCUCCUGGCCUUUGUGGUCCCAGCUGUGGUCAUCGUGGCAGUAAACCUGAUCACAGUGACACUGGUGAUUGUCAAAACCCAGCGACCUGCCAUUGGCAGUUCCAUGUUCCAAGAAGUGAGAGCCAUUGUGAGAAUCAGUAAGAACAUCGCCAUCCUCACACCCCUACUGGGCCUGACCUGGGGAUUUGGAAUAGCCACAGUCAUUGAUGAUACCUCCCUGGUCUUCCACAUUCUCUUCUCCUUGCUCAAUGCAUUCCAGGGCUUCUUCAUCUUGGUGUUUGGAACAAUCCUGGAUCCAAAGAUAAGAGAAGCCUUAAAGGAUCGAAUAACUUCUGCAAAAUGGAUCUCCAGAGCAUCAGAGAACCUUUCUUCUGAUUAUUCUUGUCACCCCACCAAAGGGCCAAGCUAACAAACCAGCCUACUAUGCUCCUAAUUUGGGAGGUCAUACAUUCCAGGAAUGGCAGAGCCUCCAGGAGAAAUGUGCUUAUUCCUGUGUUCUUGCCUCUGGGGAGUAUGAAGGAAGCCUCCCAGGCUGUGGUGCUGAUGGCGGAGGGAGUGACAUGAGGAAAGGAUGGAAGGCCUCUCUGCCUACCUACUUCUGUGCUGCUAAUUGCUCCUCCAACAUCAACUGGCAACAUCUAUGUGCGAUUCUUGGCACCCAUGAAGGAACAGAAAGACUACAUGGGCCACAGCUAGACCUUGGUCUUGUUGGGGCCUCCAGCUCCAGACUGUGGGUCAUGUUUACCCCUGGGCUGUGGCUCAUCUUGGCAAAGGUGGCCUGGGAUGUCACUUGGCUGGAUUCUGUGGGUUGCUGAGGGAGAGGCCCUCAUGAAUAGUCACCAACAACUGGGCUGACUCUAAGUAGGUCAUUGAUGGCUCUUUGUGCAAGAGGAAUCCCACUGCUGGCGUAUUCCACCCUCCAGAUUUAAACUGAUCUUCAGGCUCCCAGUCCUGGACUUUCUCCAAACCCAAGGAGCCACUGAGGGACUCUGUCUGUUCUGACAAUGUAAGAUUAACCCUCACCAGCAAUAUGUUUGUUUUUGAAACCUGGGCUGAGGAAGGGGAAAUAUCAUGUUUCAGGUAGAGAGAUGCUCAUUUUCUUAAUCUUGUAUGUAAACAAAUUCAACAUUCAAAGUGGGAGCCACCUGAUAAGAAAGCAGUACU